AUGGGACUAGAGAGUUCCUGUGAGGGUCAUUUCAGGUCCGACGGGUUCCGUGUGGGUCCCCCGGGGGUCACCUUGGGUCCCACGGGGGUGGGUUUGGUCCCCCGGGGGUCACCGGGGUCACGGCGGCUCUCCCGGAGGUCUCGGAGCAGACGAGACGAGCAGCGCGGCGGUGCAGAGCGGCCGGAAGUGCCGCGUCACGUGACCGCACCCGGAAGCAGCGGCGCGGCGGGACCGGGGGCCAUGAGCGGCGGGGCGGGGGGCGCGACCGGGGACGGGAACGGGGCCGAGAGCGGGGCCGAGCGGCGGGUCCGCAUCGUGGUGGAGUACUGCGAGCCCUGCGGCUUCGAGGCCACGUACCAGGAGCUGGCGAGCGCCGUGCGGGACGAGUACCCCGACAUCGAGAUCGAGUCACGGCUGGGGGGCACCGGUGCCUUCGAGAUCGAGAUCAAUGGGCAGCUCGUCUUCUCCAAGCUGGAGAACGGGGGCUUUCCCUACGAGAAGGACCUGAUCGAGGCCAUCCGCAGAGCCCGAAAUGGGGAGCCCCUGGAGAAAAUCACCAACAGCCGCCCCCCCUGCGUCAUCCUGUAACCCCCCGGGGUCCCCCCGCGCCGCCUUCCUGCAAUCCCUGCACGACUGGGGGGCAGCUCCUGGGGACCCCCAUCCUGCCACUGGGGGCACUGGGGGUCACUCUGUCCCCUGCUGACCUGCUGUGGGGUGUAGCCGUGGCCUGGGGGGGCUCUCCCUCCUGCCUUUGCCUUCCCCCCUCAUCAGCUGCACCUCGCUGGGGGGCACAAGGGGGUCCCCGUGGCACCCUCAUCUCUCUGUGCUGGCCUCUCCCCUCCCUCACCCCCUGGGAAUCUGGGGGUGUCCCAUGAACGGGGAGCCAGGCAGGAGCAGCUCCCAGCAGGUUCAUUCCAAGGGGAAUCCACUGGCUGUAACUUCCCUGGGAUUUGUUAAUGAUUAAAGUCCCUCUGUCACUGUUUAAUCCGGGGCAGGGGCCGGCCAUGGGAGCCCCAGCCCAGCCCCAGGGCCAGAGGUGUGCUCACAUUCCCCCCUCCCCAUUCCCAGGCUCCCAGCUCCUGCUUCCUGCCUGGAAUGACCCUGCCCUUGGCCCCCUAUUUAUUCUAUACUGUGUAUAAACCCAACGGCCUGGGCAGAAUAAAGGAUGGAGAACCUGG